GUUGAAGUGUACAUUUUGGAACCAUCUUUUACAGGAGCAUGCUAUUCGGGAAGAGGAGAGAGGCCAUAUGAUCCAGAAACUGUAGAGAUUAAUAUUCCAUAGACUCUGUAACUGUAGAGAUUAAUAUAUGUUAAUAUAAUUAACACAUUGUCUGCUAUAGCCAGUCUCCUCUACUUCUUUGCCUGAUUGUCUCCAGUCUGAUCAGAGCUACAACUGACUGUUUGCCAUUGCUGUAGUGUAAUGUCUAUUAGGAGCUAGCAGCAUUGGAAUGAAUCUGCCUCUCAGUGUGUCCUAACCUAUUCAAGAUCCCAGCUGCAGUGAGCUUGUGGGACGGAAGAUUUCUGUGUGACAAAUAGAUUUCAAGUUCGUUUUUAAGGAAGACAGCUGUUCAGUUGCAGAAAACUUGCUCUUUUUGAAUGUUUGACUGCUACUACCAAUUUGACUUCCAAGGUUUGACAGCUACUACUUUUGCAUCAAACAUCUGGAAGGGUGUCAAAUUGAUAGACUUCAGAACCUCUGCAUAAUUCAGACAGGUGAAGACAUACUUGAUGAAUGUUACAAAGACAACUACACUUAUAAAAUGUUUUUUGGAAGACUCUAACCCUUUACAUUUGUGUAAGAAGGGAUCCUGCUGCUUGAUCUGUUGUGGUUAGAAGAGGUAUCUUAAUUAACAUACUGGACGCUCAAACUGAAGUGCAAGCAUAGCCUGUAAGGAAGAGAACUCUCUCUGAAAAUGGCAGAAGCUCAUCAAGCAGUAGCUUUUCAAUUUACAGUAACUCCAGAUGGGAUUGACCUGCGAAUGAGCCAUGAGGCACUCAAACAAAUUUACCUAUCUGGUGUCCAUUCAUGGAAGAAAAAGUUCAUCAGAUUCAAGAAUGGAAUUAUCACUGGCGUUUAUCCUGCUAGCCCAUCUAGCUGGCUUAUUGUAGUUGUGGGUGUGAUGUCAACAAUGUAUGCCAAAAUUGAUCCUUCUUUAGGAAUAAUAGCUAAAAUCAACCGAACACUUGAUACAACUGGCUAUAUGUCAAACCAAACACAGAACAUCGUGAGUGGAAUCCUUUUCGGCACAGGGCUUUGGGUUGCCCUUAUUGUCACAAUGCGCUACUCUCUAAAAAUGCUGCUUUCCUAUCAUGGUUGGAUGUUCGCUGAACAUGGCAAACUUUCUGCAGGCACCAAGUUUUGGAUGGCACUUGUAAAACUCUUCUCAGGACGUAAACCCAUGUUAUACAGUUUCCAGACAUCUUUACCACGAUUGCCAGUUCCAGCUGUUAAAGACACAGUCAAUAGGUAUCUGGAAUCAGUUCAGCCACUUAUGGAUGAUGAAGAGUUCAGAAGAAUGGAGGGUCUUGCCAAAGAUUUUGCAUUUAAUUUGGGACCAAGGCUUCAGUGGUAUUUGAAGCUAAAAUCCUGGUGGGCCACAAACUAUGUUAGUGAUUGGUGGGAAGAAUAUAUCUACCUUAGAGGACGUGGACCAAUUAUGGUUAAUAGUAACUAUUUUGCAAUGGACUUCCUUUAUUUAUCUCCCACAACCCUGCAGGCAGCUAGAGCUGGUAAUGUUAUCCAUGCCAUCCUGCUCUAUCGGAAAAAACUGGAUAGACAAGAAAUCAAGCCAAUUCUUCUGAUGGGAUCUACUGUUCCACUCUGCUCAGCUCAGUGGGAACGGAUGUUUAAUACCUCCCGUAUCCCAGGAGAGGAAUCAGAUACUCUCCAGCAUGUGAAAGACAGUAAACACAUUGUUGUGUAUCAUAAGGGCCGUUACUUCAAAGUGUGGCUGUACCAUGAUGGUAGACUGUUGAAACCCCGAGAAAUUGAACAGCAGAUGCAAAGAAUUCUUGAUGAUGAUUCAGAGCCUCAGGCUGGUGAAGAGAAACUAGCAGCUCUUACUGCAGGAGAUAGAGUACCAUGGGCUAAAGCUCGACAGGCUUAUUUUAGCCAUGGAAAGAACAAACAGUCCUUAGAUGCUAUUGAAAAAGCAGCAUUUUUUGUGACAUUGGAUGACAUCGAGCAAGGGUACAGGAAAGAAGAUCCAGUGAGGUCACUGGAUACAUACGCAAAAUCAUUAAUACAUGGCAGAUGUUAUGACAGGUGGUUUGAUAAAACAUUCACUCUUAUAAUAUUCAAAAAUGGCAGAACGGGUCUGAAUGCAGAGCACUCUUGGGCAGAUGCUCCUAUUGUUGGACACCUGUGGGAGAAUGCAAUGGCAACUGAGUAUCUUGAACUGGGCUAUUCAGAAGAUGGGCAUUGCAAAGGAGAUACCAAUCAAAAUAUUCCUAUUCCUACGAAACUACAAUGGGAAAUUCCAGAAGAAUGUCAAGAAGUGAUUGAGAGGUCUCUGAGCACUGCCAUAGCUCUGGCAGAUGAUGUGGACUUCCAUUCAUUUUUCUUUGAUGCUUUUGGGAAGGGACUAAUAAAGAAAGCAAAAACCAGCCCUGAUGCCUUCGUGCAACUUGCCCUGCAGCUUGCUCACUAUCGGGAUAUGGGAAAAUUUUCUUUAACAUAUGAAGCUUCUAUGACACGCUUGUUCAGAGAAGGCAGGACCGAAACUGUUCGUUCGUGUACUGUUGAAUCAUGUAAUUUUGUUCGAACCAUGGAAGACCCAACUGAAAAUAAUGAAAAUAAGCUUAAGUUCUUUCGGCUUGCUGCUGCCAAACAUCAGCACUUAUAUCGUCUUGCCAUGACUGGUGCUGGCAUUGACCGCCAUCUGUUCUGCCUUUAUGUUGUGUCCAAGUACCUUGCUGUAGAUUCUCCUUUCCUUAAGGAAGUUUUGUCAGAGCCUUGGAGGCUGUCAACGAGUCAGACACCACAGCAACACAUUGAUCUAAAGAAGAACCCUGAGAUGUUAUCCUGUGGUGGAGGAUUUGGACCGGUGGCUGAUGAUGGUUAUGGUGUUUCUUAUAUUAUCUUGGAUGAAAAUUCCAUCCAUUUCCACGUCUCCAGCAAAAUAUCUUGUUCUGAGACGGAUUCUCAUCGUUUUGGAAAAAACAUCCAAAAAGCAAUGAUUGACAUCAUGGGUUUAUUUAACCUUAGUAAAAACUGUACCAAGUGAUUUGCCUUAUUGGUGCCAAGCAACCUCCUGUUGUUGGGAUGCAAACUCUUCUGAACAGUGAAUGAGAGCAAGGUUUGUCAAACAGUAGCUGGCGAAGAAACUGAGUCAACAUCUUGAUCACCUAUGAAAACCUUAGCAGUGUAUAGAAUUUUUUUUUUUUCCCCAGUAGUUUGGAAGAGUUUAUUUCCACAGAGGAUGACUUUUGAAAUCUUAUAUGUUUCUAGGGAUGAAGUAUAGUAUCAUUGCAUGAAGUCAUGUAUAUUCUAACUCCUGCAGUUUUCUCUUAAUUUGUAUACACUUGCUCUUUUUUUUUUCCUUAAAAUUAGUCUACUUGUAUUC